CACAUCCGCAGAGGCUGUAGGUUGGCUGUAGUUUCCUGUGUAACUGUCAGGCCAGCUGUGGUGCUGUGCCUUUGUAUAAAUUAUAUUGUAAACCCGAGUUUGUUAGUGAGAUCAACACUCCCCGAAUAUUUAGGGGCUCCCCUAAAUAUCAGAGGACACGCACGCAGCACCGCCGAGACUGACAGCCUCUCCGGGCAGUGUGGACACACGGACACCAGGAGUGAACAGGACUUCAGUCCCGGGAGAGGCGGAUCGAUACAGCCAGACAGGACACAGACUCGGGGAAGGAUGGAGGCCCACGGCUCCGGGAGGCUCCUGUCCAGGAAGAGGCGGAAGGAGGGAUCAAACGGGGAGGCCGAGGAGGGAGAGCAGCCAACGAAACUGCAGCGAUUCACUGUGGGUCUGACAGAUCCAGCCCCCUUUGCGGAUGAAUUGGAGGUGUCCCGUGUCCCGUACCAGCGGGUCAGCAUGGAGGAAGCACAGAAAGGAACCCCACUGGACCGACCGGUGCGGGUGUACGCAGAUGGGAUUUUCGACCUGUUCCACUCGGGCCAUGCACGAGCUUUGAUGCAGGCCAAGGGGCUGUUCCCCAACACACACCUCAUCGUGGGCGUGUGCAGUGACGACCUCACACACAAGUUCAAGGGCUUCACGGUGAUGAACGAGGACGAGCGAUACGACGCUGUCAGUCACUGUCGCUACGUCGAUGAAGUAGUGCGCAACGCCCCCUGGACCCUCACGCCAGAGUUCCUCGCCAAGCAUCGGAUUGACUUUGUCGCCCAUGAUGACAUUCCAUACUCGUCUGCAGGAAGCGACGAUGUCUACAAACACAUCAAAGAAGCAGGCAUGUUUGCCCCGACACAGCGGACGGAGGGCAUUUCCACAUCCGACAUCAUUACUCGCAUUGUUCGUGACUACGACUUAUAUGUCCGGCGCAACUUGCAAAGAGGAUACACUGCCAAGGAACUCAACGUCAGCUUCAUCAAUGAGAAGAAGUACCACCUGCAGGAGCGAGUGGACAAGGUGAAGAGGAAGGUCCGUGACGUGGAAGAACGCUCCAAGGAGUUUGUGCAGAAGGUGGAGGAGAAGAGCAUCGACCUCAUUCAGAAGUGGGAGGAGAAAUCCCGGGAGUUCAUCGGCAACUUCCUGCAGAUGUUCGGGCCAGAGGGGGCACUGAAACACAUGCUGAAGGAGGGGAAGGGGCGGAUGCUGCAAGCCAUCAGCCCCAGACAGAGCCCCAACAGCAGCCCCUCCCGCGAGCGCUCCCCCUCCCCCACCUUCCGCCUGCCCUUCUUCACCAAGACCUCGCCGCCCUCCUCGCCGCGCCCCAGCUCGGCCCACGGGUACCCCAUCAGUGAGGAUGAGGAGGAUGAGGACUAGGUCUCUCCAUGCCCUCCCCCCCCCCUGCUCUGCCCAUUAACACGUCUCUUCCUGGCCUCCGGGUCUCUGUCUUUCCCUCAGAGGCCUCUUCCAGGAAUCAGACCUGCCCACUGGCCCCUCAGACCCCUCUGUCUGCUCUCCUAGCAAGGGCUUCCAACAGCAGGUGGGGGGUUUUCCAAGAAACACAUGCUUCUGGAGCUGUUUAAAUCUCCCAUCUGCGGCUUCGCUUUCACUGUUCUCACGCAGAUCUAUCCCGAGUGCUCACUUUAAAGAUCUCGGCCUGGGGCUUUGAGCCGGUGGUGGAGAAUGACUCCACGUUGCUGGAGAAUGACUUCAGUGAGUGACGUGCCAGGCACCUUGAUGACACAUUUCCGCAACACCAGGUUUGACCUGACCUCUUGACCGAGGUAGUACUGGAUUGAUCAAUACAGGAACACAUGUGUAUGGCUUUGCGUACGGCUGGUGCAUUGUUGUGGCCGUCGGUCUGGCUGGUGUGGCGCCAGCAAUGGCCUCCACCAGCACCGUGGUCCGGAGAGGACCAUGCAGACUGAUGUCUUGGCACACAUGAGUUAAAACACCUGUCAGGUUGAGAGCAAGGAAUGGGACAUGUUAAACAGCUGUAGCGGCACAUGGUAAUACAAAAGGCCGUGUUAGUUUAUUGGAAAUGUCACCACAUCUUAUUUAACAGGAUUAAUUUACUCAUACCUCUUUUGAUCCUAGUAGUAAAGCAUUUUUGAGGCCCUAUCCUCUUUGCUGUUGAGAUUUAGGGUUGACUCUGCUGAUGGGGCGUGCCAUUGAUGUCCUCUGUGUUUUCUCAGGAUUUUGCUGAGAAUUUUGUUACAGUGGAGGGGCUGUCUCUCAUACAAAAACGCUUUUAUAUUAAGCUCUCUGUGAAGUUUUAGUGCUGCUCCAAACAAAACUAGUGAAAAGAACUCAGAUAUGUUUUUAUGGAUUGGGCUUCAUGGUUUUUCACUAAAGACAUCAGUAGCAUUUCUUCCUCCUUUUUAGAUACUUUGUGUCACCCUGUGUCAAUCAAACCUGGCUGUGAUAACCGGUGCAAUCAGAAGUCUAGUUUGAAAAGCAAUUGUCUCCAGUCUGGUGGCCCUCAUUAAAGCUUGUGAUGUGCACGCAGGCUUGAGAGAUUAGAGAGAGAGAGAAAUCCAAGCUGCAAACAGCCAUCCUGCUAUGACAACCUCACACUGACUUUUAUCAAAAGACUGUCUUAUUUGUCUAGCUGAAGAGAGAAAAGGAGGCCUGAAGCACUGCUUUUCUAGGCUGCUUUAGUGCAGAGAGAGACAACACACCAUCUCUGAACUCACAGAGGGCCCCAUGGAGUUCUGAGGGCUCCUGAGCAUCACUGGGCCUUUGACUCCUGUGAGUCUUCGCCCAGCUAUGUGUCAGGACAGCCAUGUAGGUAGAUGGGCAGAGAAACGGUAAUCUUGUGCAGACAAACUGCACCUUCUUGCAGUUGAGACACACAUGAGGAAGAGAAUUUACCUCCAGCACCGAUAUGGUUCCAGCUCUCCCUCUUCAAUGGGGCUUUCUGAAUACUCAUCCCUCUGAUUUCUGCAGAUCAGACCAUGGAGCUCUCUUGUCUGUCCAGAUCAGGAGAUGUCCGUCCGCUGUCCUGGCCUCCCUGUCUAUUCACACCCUCCUGCUGAACUGGCAGAGCCUGUGGGGAAGGUCAACGCUUUGGAUGGACCCUCUUUGUUUGCUUCUUUCUCCCUUAAACUAAAAACCAACAACCCGAUGAAGCACCUUAUCUUCCUCUUCAAAUCUCCCUGCUUCACUCCCCUGGCCCCCUGCCUGGCGUUUUAAAAAACCCGGAUGAGCUGAGUUUGACAGUUUAGCGGAAGAGAAGGUCCGUCUUUUUUCUUCUUCUCUUUCAGCUGUUUUAAUUCUCUGCAGUUCAGUGACAAAAAAAGAAAUCAAAGCCAUAGAUUUUUUUUUCUAUUCUGCUUUGUUUGUUUUAAACUAGAAGGGAUGGGAGUUUUAACUGUAUUAUGACUGUUUUCUGUCUUUGUGAGUCUUGGAAUGCCUUACCAGCAGUGGUGUGGAGAUCAAAGACAGGAAGGAAGUGUUUUGUGUCUUCUCUCGUGAGCUGCUAUAAAAGUCCAGUGACCUCUCCUGGGUAAAACAAAACACACGCCGCUAGUGCACAGAGACUCCUGGCUGCCCCGGUGUCCGACAACCCUCUGGCACCGGAGAUUGGCUGGAGUUGGAUGAUGUGUGUACUGAAGGGGUGGGGAGCUGUUGAGGGUGUGGCUGUAGAUGCACGGAGUGACUUACAGAAGUCACGUCAUCUCGCUCCAAAAUUCCAGACAGUGUAGAUCUCGACUGCUCGGAGGACCCUGUCUUUUCUGGAACCUGCCAUUGUGCGGCUCUGGGCCUGCUGGUGACUGUGAUCGAAUCCAGGCAGGGGCGGAGUUGUGUAGAAUUCUUCCGCGGCUGUUGGCCUGGUGUGGCGGGGUUAUCCGCUGUCUAGGGAGCGGCGCUGUGUGUGCUUGGAGCUCACGAGCAACUGGGAGCGAAUCCCGCCAGAUGCAGGGAGAGUUGCACUCAUCACACACUGCCAUGUUGAAGAGCGAAUGUGUAUGUAAAUAUUUCUCUGUUCUUCAUAUUGAGCUGUAUGGAAAAAAGAGGCAUCGAUCAUGCUCUGUUCUCAGCACAGGACAGCUGGCCUUACUUUCCUCUGUUUGCUCCGAUCUCUUUUCCUCCAUCCAGCUGUUAUCUUGAAUUCUAGAUCAAUUGGGCUGGACCCUGUAUCCCAGGCAUCUUUGAGCUACAAAUACAAUUUUAUUACCAAUGAGGGGCAUAAUGUUAACUCAUGCAGAGUAUUAAAAGUUCUGCUUGUAUUGUCUACUAUGUGUAUAACCGUUAGGCCCUGAUCCCAUACAAUGAUUAGCAGGUACAGAUUAAAAAUACAAACAUCAUCCUGGCUUGACUUCUUUUCUAUGUGCCUGUAUGUCUUCCAGGAAUGAGCAGGUUAACAAGCAGAAACACAGUGUUUCGACUGUGGAGUCUUGCUCGCAUAACUGGAGAGCCUCCACAGCCGAAAGGCUGAUUUUAUUUUGACAUUUUCUGGGAUGAAUUUACCUCUGCUUGUACCUUUACAUCUCCUCACUUCAACCUCUGCAAACUUAAACUGUACUUUCAUUUGCUGUACGGUUGUAUUAAAACUGUGUUUUGACCAAUCAGACCGGAAGAAGAAAACUGUAUUCUUAACCCUAGACAGUACUGUGAACUGUCAAGAUGUAUGUUUUUAUUAACACUGUCGAGUACUGUGUGAGAUCUGGGAUUCAUUAAUUUAAGUUAACUUGACAAAUUUUGUUUCCUGUUUUGUCUUCCUUUUUGCCAUUAAACUCACGCAGACCAAGACAAAAACCGUUUCAGCUUGCAUAUUUAAAUGUACAGGAUCGUCCAGAUCCGGGACACUGGGCAAACAGAUCUUUACCACCAGUCUGGUGUUAAAGUGGAGUAGUGGCUGGCAAAGGGCUUCUUUACAGCUGGUGUCCUCUCCCGCCUGCAGUACUCAGACUGUCCUUGUGCUGGCUGUGCCUGGGGAGCAGGGCUAUUCAGUCCCUUUCCUGGAGAGCCACUGGGGCUGUAGGUUUUCAUUCCAGCCCUGCUCUUAGCUGCCCUCUUCCCCUAAUUAGUGGCUUAAUUGGAUCGAUUUAACAGUGGUGCAUUAAACAAGUAGAGCACCAUAUACAUUUCAUGUACAUUUGUUGUGCACUGCGUUCACCCAGAGCACCACAUAGCGUGAGCUGACAGUCUGUGGGGCUGCUGCACUGUGCGUGCUUGAGAGAGGAGAGGUCUGCUGAGUCAGCCUCCGCAUUUACAAAAACGCUAUCAUGAAAAUUAUAAUCUGCUGUUAAUACCUUCAGAUCUAUGCCUCAGUUUCUCAAGAAUCUUUCAGAAACUGCCUCUUUAGUUUAUUCACCCCCCCUUCAGCCUUGUGGCGCCACAGCAAAGCUCAUCGAAUUCAUCUUUAGGAGCUGGUGGUUUAAAAGACCUACUAGACCAGUACCAGAAUUCCCCUGCUAUCAAGAAUGGAUAGCCCAGUUCUCAGUGGUCCAGAGAAGUUGAUAUUAAAUAUCUUAUAUAAUCACUCUCCAGCCCGAUCCUGGGAAUAUGGGAGUUUAAAAUGGGCACUCAGUGGAAUACCUAAUUAAAGGGGUUGCAGGCCUCAUUUUUCCAGACAGCCCUCUUGAAGCAAGAAUAUCACUGCUUCGCAUCCUUCUGCUCCGGUGGUCACCACUCUGGAGAGUCAGGGUGUGGCCAGUGCCAGGCAGGCUGUGUGGGGGACACAGGGGUUCUCAACACCAUGAACACCAGAAACGCCAUACACAGCACACACCUCUUGUUGUUUUUGCUAUGAUUCUGUAAUUGUUGCUGGUGUUUUGACAAAUUGAAUGGUCUUAGAUUGUUUAGAAUGACUGCUAACACUCAGCGUACACAGGCAGGCUGCCAGGCUGUGAGAGCCUGAUGGCCAGAACACUGGAAUGUGGCCCAUUGGCUUCAUUUUCAACUGCAAAGACUCCCAUGAGGUGUUUUGAGAAAUUAAAAAACAAUCCUUUAGCAGUCAUGCAAUUUCAGCUAAAUGUCCUCGCAAUUACUCUAUAUGUGUGUGUGUGAGUGUGAGUGUGACUGUGUGCAUCUUGGGUUUUUAUCCGUGUCCCUGCAGCCCAGUGUCUGUGUGCAGGCUGUACUCUCUGUGUUAAAGAGACUAUGAUGGGGAGCAUGAAACUCGGUUCCUGGAGGAGUUUUGUGGUCACCUGGGUGUCAUUGCAACUCACAUUUCUAUUAAUUAACUAAUUAAUUAACGUGAAAUUGAGGCAUCAGUGCAAAUUUACUGAUGUUUAAUGCCUUCUCCAAUUUUAAGACAAUUUAAACUAUAUACUGUAUUUGAAUGUAAAAUAGAUGUAUCAAAGCCAGAAACGGUAAGACUGUCCUGAGAGCUGUAGCAACACCGUAACUAUCGUUCUAAUGGUUAAUCUCGGCCCCAGUUUGCUGUCGAUUAAACCUGGAAUGAUAUCAUCCACACGCACAGUGCAGAUGCAAAUGGUAACAAAACAAAUGAGGCGUUCCAGUGCUUUUGUCUGUGAGGGGUUGGGAUUGAACUGGAACAAAAGAAGCCCAGCAGCUCCUCCAGGAGUGGAGUCGAAUCCCCCAAAGCAAGCCUGCGAGUCCUGGACUGGGUUCAGGGUUCUCUGUUUGUCCAUCUCUGAUUGCCUGUUCGACAUGUACUAUGCUGUAACACGCUAAUUUAAGAAAGUAUGAAGAUAAAAAAAUCUAAACCUG